AUGCAUCAUGAUUUGACUGCAAUACCAAUACAUUUAGCAUUAAGAGCAUGUCCAGUGCUCACCCCAAACCAGGGGAAUGGGCCCCCAGGCGAGCCCAGAUGUGCUCCAGCGCGAGAGAAAGGGCCCCCAAGCGAGGGCAGGGCCAAAGGCAAGUUCUGCCUGGGCUUCAGCCUGAGUUUUAUGACGUCAGCGCUGACGUCAUGCUGA